CUCCAGUUCAACUCCAGUUCAUCAGUCCAUUGAUCAAUGAAUCACAAGAACAUCCUUCUUCCUUGAACCACAAGACAAGCCUCCUAUUAUCCUGAUUCCUGGCAAAACAAUCCCCCUUUUCUUUACACUCCCUCCAGGCAGCUCCUAAACCAGAGCAGCCCUUCCAGUCCAUCGACGACAUCUACACGACCGCUGUCAUCAUGAGUGGAAUUCCGCCCCGUGAGUCUCACUCACCUCUCGCGAAGCUCUCGCCAAUUCAUUGCGUGGCCCCAGAACAACGACAGCGAUGAUGACGCUGAAGUUGACUUGCGGUGACAUGGACAAUAUUAGCUGACACAAAUAUCGAUGUAGACAUUGAAGAACACAACCGCCUGAUGAGAGAAUCCUUCUACUGGCUCGCCACCCCCCUCAACAUCUCCCUUCUUCUCGUCCUCGGCGCCAUCCUCUAUUUCCGUCUCAAACCCAGCGCCCCACUAACACUCCCAUCCGGCCCUCCCCCCACCGUCUUCCGGACCUUCACACCCCGAACCCUCCUCCCCAACAACGGCACAAAUGGCCAACCCGUCUAUCUGGCCGUCCGUGGAAAAGUCUACGAUGUGACGUCCGGCCGCAAUUUCUAUGGUCCGGGAGGUCCAUAUGAGAAUUUCGCUGGUCGAGAUGCAACUAGAGGAUUGGCGUGCCAGAGUUUUGAUGAGGAGAUGUUGACCAAGAAUCUCGAUGGGCCACUGGACGAUUGUGCGGAUCUGGACAAGGAACAGUUGGAUAAUUUGCAGGGGUGGAUUGAGAGGUUUGAGGAAAAGUAUCUCGUUGUUGGAAAGCUGGUGGCCUUCAAAAAGACGGAUUUCCAUUGAGUUGGCUUCCAGGUGUUAUAAAUGUCACACAGUGGUGUGGCCUUUGUCGUCGAGACUCUACCCAAAACAAUAAUCUGAAUCAUCAAAACACCAUGAAUUCUGUUUCAGCUUUGAAACCAUAUUAGAAGCUAGGUUACUUUUCAUUGUGGGCGUCGCUAUCGUAGCUUGAAAGCUCUAAUGAAUACAUUGACCCCUUGUCAGC